CUCCACCAAACUCCUCACAUUCCCCCAUACUCACACUCCAAAGCUAUCAAGAUUACCAUUUUCUCCCUAUGGCUUUCUUCGUGUUUUUCUUGGCUGGCCUUCUCACAAUGUCUUCAACUGUCAUUGCCAACCCCAUCGGAGGGUGGACCAACGCCCAUGCAACCUUCUACGGCGGCGGCGAUGCCUCUGGAACUAUGGGAGGGGCCUGUGGUUAUGGGAAUCUGUACAGCCAAGGGUAUGGUACAAAAACUGCAGCGCUGAGUACAUCUCUGUUCAACAAUGGCCUUGCAUGUGGAUCUUGCUAUGCCAUUAGGUGUGUGGGUGACAAAUCUUGCCUGAAAGGCACUAUAGUUGUCACCGCCACCAACUUUUGCCCUCCAAACAACGGCCUUCCGAGCAAUGCCGGCGGGUGGUGCAACCCUCCCCGCCACCACUUUGACCUCGCCCAGCCGGUCUUCCAAAGCAUCGCCCAAUACAGAGCCGGAAUCGUCCCUGUCUCUUACAAAAGGGUGCCGUGUAGGAGAAGCGGAGGAAUACGGUUCACAAUCAACGGACAUGCCUUCUUCAACUUGGUGCUGGUGACCAACGUCGGCGGCGCCGGAGAUGUCCACGCGGUGGAGGUGAAGGGUUCAAGAACAGGGUGGCAGCCGCUUUCAAGAAACUGGGGGCAAAACUGGCAAAGCAACUCUAACCUUAAUGGACAAGCUUUAUCGUUCAGGGUCACCACCAGCGACGGCCGGAGUGUGGUGUCUAACAACGUUGCCCCUGCCGGAUGGUCUUUUGGUCAAACCUACUCCGGCAGCCAGUUCUAGCUUUACUAAUUAAACACAAAUCUGCAUUUAGUUACCUAUAAUUACUAUUCUGGUCAGUAAUAUUAGUAACAUGACCGAUAUAGUAUGUAACGUGUGGCCUAGGGUCAGAAUGGGAAGGCUAAAUUUAACACAGCCUUCACCAUUAAGGCUUGAAUGGUCUAGGGUCAGAAUGGGAAGGCUAAAUUUAACACAGCCUUCACCAUUAAGGCUUGUUUGGCUGCCCUGGUUUAAAAAGGGUACCAAAUUUGUUAGGCCAAGUGGUUUUUGGCCAACUACUUUAGUUUAUCUUUUUUGGUGGUUUUGUAGAGCAGUGGUGGAAUUUUGACCACCCGCUAAAAGUAGUGGUGAGAGUGUGACUAAGAUACAUGUUCGAUGGUUUCUUUCUUCACCAAGUUCUGGCUGAAAAGGUUGACUUGGAUGGGGUAAAAGUGUAAAACUUCAAACUUGUAGUAGUAAUGUGAAACUGGUUCAUUUGGUUAUUAAUUACUGCUAUAAAUUUUGAGUUCAGUAAAACGGAGUAUAUAUUGUAUUUAUUGAGUU